UCGGAUGUGAACCUUUGGAUUAAACGGAACUCGUAUGCGGAUUAAAAGAAAAUCUGAAAAAAACAAAUCGAAAAAAAAUCGUUAAAAACGUUUUAAAUAAAUUACAAACAAAAUUUAUUUUACAAAAAAAAGUGAAAAAAUAAAAAUUUCAAGUCAAAUAAAAUUAAACACCCAAAAAAAAACAACAUGCUAAUUGUGUAAAUUAAAAUCAUUCGCAUUUUUGCUGAAAGUGUAAUCAUUUUUUGUGAAUUUUAAAUUAAAACAACAACAGCAACAAAAAGUGUUAAAUUCUAUUUGCAAAAAGUACAACAACAUUAAACAACGUGUCAACCAUUUAUUUAUUUGGAUUAAAUUGCUCUGUAGUUUUUUAUUAUUUUUUUUUUUGAUAAAUUGGUGUUGCUAAAGUUUUGCUCGAGUGGCUUUUUGUGUUGAUAUUAAAGCCCAUCAACAACCUACAAACAAUUUGCAAGUGUUUAUUUUUAACUCCAGAAAAACAACUAAAUGAUGUUUUAUAUUAAUAAUUGAUUUUUGUGUUUCAAAAUAUAAUAACUAACAAAGGCAGUUAAUAAAAGGAAAACAGUUCGCAUGUAAAACACAUUUAUUUAAGUACAUUAAGUACGUUAUUUCGCGUUUAAUUUACAUUGCCAUUAUAACGCGUAGUGUCUUGCCAACAAACCUUGUCUAAGCGUUGUUAUUAAUUUACAUAUUCUGUUGCCCUUUAAAUAAUUAACCGUAAUUCUAACAUCUGUGCCACUUCCUGGAGAAAGAAAGUAACAAAAAACCGUUAAGUUAAUAAUAACAAACAUUUAACUAAAAGGAAUUAAGAAAGGAUAUAAUAAAACAGGAGCUGUUAAUAUACAUAGUAACCGAAUUACAAGAAAAGUAUAUAGCAUCAACAUCACACAAAUAUCAGCAUCAACAUUUACACCGGCAUAGUCAUCAAUUAUAGUAGCGUACAGUCUACCUGGCAAGCAGUUGUAGGAGCCAAACAGCACGAGCUCAAAAUUAAAAAUUUACAUAAAUUAAAUUAUUAAAUUAACAACAACUACAGACAUUUACCCACGCUUCUUUUAAAUACUACAAAAAGAACGCCUAUUUUCGCAAACACUUUGGAUAUAAUAAAAUUACUGCUUUAAAAUGGCCAAGGAGUUACGUACACUGGGUUGGGAUUAUCUGAUGUUUGUUCUAUUUAUCGCAUUUACUGUCUUCACACCACUAUGGAAACGUCUAUUUGGUAAAAAGAAACAACACAGUAAAGCCGAUUAUGUUUUUGCAACGGGAGGCGUUUCUAUUAUUGCCGUAAUGAUUUCAAUUUCCAGAGGAACACUGGGCGUAAGAACUGUUUUAGGUUAUCCCAGUGAAUUGUUCUAUCGUGGUUCGGGCAUGUGGGAAAUUAUAUAUGGCAUGGCCAGUGCAUAUCCCUUGGUAUGCUUUAUAUUUGUGCCAGUUUAUUUUAAUUUGGGCAUCACUUCAGUGUAUCAAUAUAUAGAUUUAAGAUUUAAAUCACGCAUGGUUCGCUGCUUAGCAUCAUUCACUUAUAUAAUACGUCAAAUGUGUUCGCUAGGUGUCACCGUCUAUACACCCAGUGUAGCAUUAUCUACAGUGAUUGGAAUACCGUAUUGGGCAUCCAUUUGUUGUAUGACAACAAUAUGUGUAUUUUUCUCAAUUAAGGGUGGUCUUAAGGCAGCCAUAAAUGCUGAUGUUAUACAAACUGUCACAGUUAUUAUUGUUUCUAUAGCCAUUAUUAUUAAAGGUACCAUAUUUAGUGGUGGCGUGAAACGAGUUUACGAUAUAAAUCGUAAUGAUGGACGUUUGAGUUUCUUUAAUUUUACCGGUGAUAUGACGGUAAGAGUCGAUACAACCUCAGCUUGGUUGGGUCAAUUGUUUGUAUCGUUGUCACAAUUUGGUUGUCAACAGAAUUUUAUGCAACGUUAUGUUAGUUUGAAAUCAUUAAAGGAAGUUAAACGUGCCAUGAUGUCCAAUAUACCAAUUAUCUUUGUAUUUUUUUCACUAUCCUGGAUUACUGGUUUAGUUAUAUACUCUUCAUAUGCCGACUGUGAUCCCCUAAAAGAGGGCUAUAUUCAAAAAGCUGAUGAAAUUUUACCCUUCUAUGUUGAAGAUCAAUUAGCAAUAAUACCCGGCUUUUUGGGAAUUUUCAUGGCGACCUUAUUUAAUGGCGCUUUAUGUAUGAUGGUUUCUAAUUUAAAUUCUUUGGCCACCGUAAUAUCUGAAGACUUUUUGACAUUGUUGCCUAAAUUUAAGAAUUUACCCGAUAAACAACAAUUGAAUGUUAUUAAAACGGUUACCGUAAUAUGUGGCAUCAUUAUAAUGGGGGUGGCAUUUUGUGUUGGUUUAUUUUCGGGUGUAAUUGAAUCAUCAAUGAUGGCAUUCUCAGCAACAUCCGGUCCAUUGUUGGGUUGUUUUAUUUUGGCCAUGCUCGUGCCAAUUGCAAAUUGGAAGGGUACUUCCGCUGGUAUGAUAUCCGCAUGUGCCAUUGUAUUAUGGAUUGUUACCGGCUCCGCAACCGUUGAUAAUAGUGCAAGUAAUCAAUUUCUACCAACAUCCACCGAGGGAUGCUCGAAUUUCACGUUUUCCCAAUCAAUACAUAAACCAGGCGAAGAAGAGUUCUCAUUUUUACCCACUUCAUCGUCGUGGUUAAUGCAACAUACAGCCAGUAGCAAUGGCAUUGGUGGAAACGGUGGCAUGAAUACCAAUUACACCAUGUUAAAUGAUACGUUGAUGUCGUUGUGGGCUACAAAUAAUACGGCUGGUUUAGGAGCAGGAUCAACAACAGCAGCUGUUGAAGAACGCACACCAUUGCAGUACAUGUACUCCAUUAGCUAUAUGUAUUACAGUCUCAUAGGAACUGCGCUGACAGUGCUUAUUGGUAUCAUAGGUAGUUAUUUGACACAAGACCCUAAGGACUGUUACGAUGCGAAAUUACUGCAUCCACUUGUGUUUAAAUUUAACCAACGUUUCACGGGUGAAAAGCCCUACUAUGUCAAGGAGAUCGAAACGAUUGCUGUUGGCUCAAAUGGUAACAUAAGCACCAAUGGAGGUGGUGUUGGUGGAAGUGUUGCCAAAAUUAAUCAUGCUUUUGAGGCUCAAAAUGAAACCAAUAUUAUAAUUGGUGCUGGCACAAAUGACAAAGAGAAAAAUCCCAUGAAUGUUGUGUUCACCAAAACCUUUAGCGCUACAAAAUCUUUACCAUCAUCACCCACACAUAUAACUGCAACGACUGCCUAUCCAGUUGCAACAACAGCAAAUGCAACUAAUAAUACAACUGUAACAAAUGUAAAUUGUAAUUCAGAAAUAGAAAUGCCAAAAAUACAAAAUAUAUUUUCAACGCCAUCCUCAUCCUCAGAUAAUACGUUGACAACAAACGAUGUCACUGGGUCAUAUCGUCAAAUUACAGAAAAGGAAAGUGUAUGAUUAAUAACAGCAAAAACACUAAAACAUCAUAUAAUAAAUAACCACAGAAAUAUUUUUUAAAUGAAUCUCUUUUAAAUAGAAAAAGAAAUAUUUUUAGAUAAUAGUUACUUAAGCUGAUUUACUUAAUACAAAUAUGAUGAUAUUUUUUUUUAAUUUAUUUGUUAAGAACAUAAAUCCCAGGAACAAUUUUAGAAUUAGUUCUAAACAAACUACAUAGUUUUAAAGCAAAGUUCUAGACUAAACAUUUUAAUUGAAUUAUAUUAUUUCCAAAACUAAAAAUAAACUUUAGUCUGUCCAAAUUUUCAAAAUUGCUGUAUAGAAAGGAGUUUUGUCAAUUUAUCUAGAACUAGUUUCGAGAGUAAAGUUUUUAAACAAUUUUCAAUUAACGAACUAAUUUCAAAGUAGUUCCUAAAUGGCUUUUUAGAACGAGUUGUAAAACUAAUCAAAAUUUUCCUGGGUUUCAGCAGUUUAGCUAUUAUUUUUUUUUAUUUUCUAAUUUAGACUUAUUUUUUAAAAAGAAAACAAUUUGAUAUUGUCAUAAUUUAAGUUGGCACAUGCUUAAAAGUCGUUACAUGCUGAUAUGUCAUCAAUUACGUGUCAUUAGUACAUAAGUUUUAUAAGCACACAAUAGAAAAAAAAACAAUAAAUUAUAUAAACUUUUAUUUUAGUUUUUUAAGAGAGUGACGAUAAAGACACUGUGAUCAUAAUACAAGUAUAAUCUAGUGUAUUUCGUUUUUUAAGAAAUCUAUAUACCUAAAUGUGAAGUAAAA